CAUAUAGGAAGCGAAUCCAGCACUCGGUUUAAAGGUUCUUUGCUACUGUAUCCAGAAUUCAAGGCAGGUUACAAUUUAUUUGGUGCUACUGCCAAGAUUAAAGGGAAAAUAUGGAGAACGGUUUAUCUACCACCGGUGACAUCAAGUUGGAUCACGCUAUCAAGCAGUGGUUGGAAUAUGACAAGAAUCCCCUGACGGUAGCUCAGGUCCGGGAGCUGGUAAAGGAGGGGGCUCUGCAGGAGCUCAAAAAAUGCUUCUCCUCCAGGAUGGAGUUUGGCACCGCAGGUCUCCGGGCCGCCAUGGGCCCUGGCACCGCCUGCAUGAAUGACCUCACCAUCAUCCAGACCACACAGGGGUUUUGUAGUUACUUGGAGCAAUGCUUUGGGGACCUGCCGGAACGCGGUGUGGUCAUAGGCUACGAUGCCCGUGCCCACCCUGUCAGCGGUGGCAGCAGCAAGCGUUUUGCCAGGCUGGCUGCGGCCGUCUUCACCAGCCGGGGCGUGCCCGUCCACCUCUUCUCCGACAUCACGCCCACCCCCUUUGUGCCCUUCACUGUGUCUCACCUGGGGUUGUGUGCUGGCAUCAUGGUGACGGCCUCCCACAAUCCCAAGCAGGACAACGGAUACAAGGUGUACUGGGAGAAUGGUGCCCAGAUCGUGCCCCCCCAUGACCAGGGCAUCUCCAAGGCCAUUGAGGAGAGCUUGGAGCCCUGGCCCCAGUCCUGGGACACCACCCUGGCUCUCAAGAGCCCCCUGCUGAAGGACCCCUACCAGGACACAAACACACACUACUACAAGGCCAUACAGAAACACUGCCACUACAGGGACAUCAACAAGAGUUCUGAUGUGAAGAUGGUGCACACAUCUGUGCACGGAGUUGGCCACGCCUUCGUCCAAUCAGCAUUCAAGGCUUUUGAUCUCCACCCACCGUAUGCAGUGAAGGAGCAGAAAGACCCGGACCCAGAGUUCCCCACAGUGAAAUACCCCAACCCAGAGGAGGGGGAGGGAGUUCUGACACUGUCGUUCGCCCUGGCAGAGAAAGAGGGAGCCACUGUGGUUCUGGCCAACGACCCUGAUGCAGACCGCCUCGCUAUCGCUGAGAAACAGAAGAGUGGCCUGUGGCGUGUGUUUACAGGUAAUGAGCUGGGGGCCCUCCUGGGCUGGUGGAUGUUCUCCUGCUGGAAAAAGACCAACCCUGACCCAACAGCUGUGAAAAACAUCUACAUGCUGGCCAGCACUGUCUCUUCCAAGAUCCUGCGGGCCAUUGCCCUCAAGGAGGGUUUCCACUUCGAGGAAACACUGACAGGUUUUAAGUGGAUGGGUAACAGAGCCCGGGAUCUGCUGCACCAGGGGAAGACUGUGCUGUUUGCCUUCGAGGAGGCCAUAGGCUACAUGUGCAGUACUGCUGUCCUGGAUAAAGAUGGAGUCAGUGCAGCGGCCAUCGCUGGAGAGAUGACGUCAUAUCUGGCGACCAAGAACACCACACUAUCCAAACAACUCACCUCCAUCUAUGAGGAGUAUGGUUACCACAUCACUAAGAACUCCUACUUUAUCUGCCACGACCAGGAAGUGAUCCACGCGCUGUUCGACAGGCUGCGUAACUAUGGUGAUAAGAAGGGGGCGUACCCCUCAGAGUGUGGUGCUUUUGCCAUCACAGCUGUGAGAGACCUGACCACUGGCCACGACAGUAACCAGCCCGACAACAAGGCUGUUCUCCCCACCAGCAGUAGUCCAAUGAUCACCUUCUCCUUCUCCAAUGGGGGCGUGGCCACCUUGAGAACCAGUGGAACUGAACCCAAGAUCAAAUACUACACUGAGCUUUGUGCUGCUCCUGGCAACAGUGAUGUAGAGCAGCUGAAGAAGGAGCUAGAUGCACUGGUGGAAGCUAUUGUGGAGAACUUCUUCCAACCCAAGAAGAACAAAUUGCAGCCGAAGCCUGAGUAACACACACACACAACAUUAAAGAGAAUACAUGUAAUUAGCAUUCCUGACCAGUGGCCUUAGUCUGACAACGUACACACAUUAUUCGACAAGGUACACAAUUAAUCUUAACGACUGUAAAAAGGUGAUUCUAUCUAAUACUGGCUCAUUCUUUUCUAACGGAAUACCUUGAGUUAUUGACAUGAAUUUGAGAUGCUCUAUCUGCUGUGUUAAGAUCAUCUGGAUCUCUGAGUUGUUCUGUGUGAAUGAUCUCUAACCAGCAAUGUCUGGGACAACCUCUACCUCAGAUGGGUCUGGCUCUCUCUGGGGGAUUUAACUUGUGGAUUGACAGUCGCUUAACAGCUUUUGCUUUGCUUGCUAUUUGUUUGCUAUUUGUUUUGACUGUGUUCACUGGCCUACAUUCCUGUCUGUCAAGCCUUACAUUACCAGGUGUAUAUCAUGAUAUGUGGAAUGGAGAGAAUGUAAUUUUAAUGUAAACUGAUUGCUCUAUAAGACUGGAGUGAGUGAAAGUAUUUAAGAUGUGAAAUAAAAGAAGAUAUCCAAAUGCA